AUGAAGGAAGGAAACCACCCCCACAACCAUGCAAAGCAAAGCCGCCACCGGUCUUUCACGCCCACUAGCUCAAGAUUCAUGCCCUCAAGAAGGGGGCGAUCCCAAGCAUCGCCAUCGCUCACUCUACUAGAGCUAGGGUUUUCCCCCGAAGCUAAGGGAAGGAGAGUUUUUAGGUUUUAUUGCGGUGUGACCAAACCGUGUUAUAGAACACAAAAGUCAAAGUGUGAAUUUAGCAUGGGUCAAUUGCUUCUUGUAGAAUCUGUCUACCCAGGACAUGAGGACAAGGGCACAAUGCAAACGACGGAGGAGGACGUCACACUGCACAUGCUGGAGAAGGAGGGCACAAUGCAAACACCGGAGGAGGAGAGGACAAUGAACACGACGAUAACAUCCCCAGGCGGCGAUUUUAGGCGCCCUCUGAGGCCAACGGCUGAAAAUGCUCUUACCAUGAAGAUAAGUGGCGAAACAGAUCAUAUCAGAUCCACCAGACCUAACCUGUCCCUGCCUAGGCUCUCCCGCUUCCGAUCCAUGGAGGAGGCGGAUAAAGGGGAGGUCUUCGAGAGGAACAACAAGUCGAGGCUGGACAGCCAUCCGGGGGCGACGGCGGGGACGGCCUGCCGGUUCACCGACGACCUCAUCCUGGAGAUCCUCUCCCGCAUCCCCGCCAGAUCCCUCCACCGCUUCAAGUGCGUCUCCGUGCGCUGGCGCGACCUCAUCGCCGACCCCGCCAACCGCAAGAAGCUGCCCCAGACCCUCGCCGGCUUCCUCUACACGACCACUGUCGGCUGUAAUCGCCACCACUUCGCCAGCGUCUCCUGCGGCGCAGCCCCGUUCGACCCUUCCCUCCCUUACCUGCAGCCUGGCAAGUACAAGGACAUGGCUCAGGUGGACGCCUGCAAUGGCCUCCUUCUCUACCUAAGCUCCAGCAAGAACAUGGUGAACCCUUGGGCUUGGGCAGAGGAUGAUUUCCGUUUUGUUGUGUGCAAUCCGGCCACUGGGAGUAAGGGUGUCUUUGUUGGCGGUAUGAUGUAUGUGAUUGGCAACCCGAAGGGCAUCAGCAACGAGCAUGUGCUCCUGGGGAUUGACAUGCAAGGUAAAGUGCGGAAGACUGUCCCUAUGCCGUACGGUCGAAGAUUUGGUACGAUGGGAUCGUCGCAGGGGUGCUUACUCUAUGCUGUAUCUUCCGUCGAUGAUAACAAUAAAAUCCUAGAUUCUGAGAUAGAACUCUGGUGCCUCAAGGAUUGUGACAGUAAAGAAUUGGUUCUGAAGCAUACUGCCAGCAUCAAUGAGCUUAUGAGCAUGACUGGGGAGGAGUACAGGGUGGCUGGGAUUCACCCAGAUUGCGACACCAUUUUCCUGGUUUCACAUGGAGGUGAUACCUUGGUAGCGUACGAUAUGCAACAUCAGAAAGUUGGUUGUAUCCUUAAUCUUGAGAAGAACACACAACGAUUUCUACCUUAUGUUCCUCUGUUCUCGGAGUCAUUAGCAGAUGGAGAUGGGCGUUCAGAUCAAUGCCUGGUUGUUACCCCUGUUCUUGUUUACCUAGCACAGGUUGUUGUUCUGGACAUGUAUUAG